UCUCCAGCUACUUUGUUGCUGUCGGUGAGCAUUUCUUUCAAGACUGAGAACUUUAUGCACCAGAAAUCGUUUCCAUGGAAAUGACGCUUAGUGGCGGAAUCUCCCAAAGAGGCCUGGUGUCAAAGCAGAAGGCCUGGAAGAUUUCUUCUCACAAUUUCAUGCCUUUUUGUCACUGAACUUCUUCGGUUACCUUUUGCUUGCUAUAGCUUUCAGUUAUUUGCAGGAGAUUAUUUCUCUAUUAUUAUUAUUUUGCAAAGGAUGUAUGCGAUUUAUAAACAAACACACCCUCCGACAGGAAUCGAACACUGCGAGUACUGUCAAUUCUUUUUCACCAGCUGAAAAACAAUCGUGUUGAGGCAGGAACAUCACAGCUUCGUAUCAGCGAGUUUUAUACCCAAGGCGAGGUAGGAGACGGGCUCCGUGAAUCGUUUAAUGGGGACUUCAGUUGUUGUAUUAUUGAAAAUAUCUCGCUCGAUAUCAGGUGUAGACCAGAGAUUCCAACCCUUCCGAUUUGAUCGGGAGUCUCCCGAUUUGAUGUCUUGCCUCCCGCUCUCCCGAUUUUUACCAAAUUCUCCCGAUUUAUCAUAAAAUUCUGAAAACUAGGGGAAAAUUGCUAAUCUUUAGAAUUUUUGGCGAUCUGUCACUGUGAAACACUCAUAUUAUACUUACUUUCUUCGCGAAGAGCAUUAUGGUAUGUUAUAACUCAGGCUGGAAUGAUGUCAAAAUUCAGGAAAUGGCACUUGAGAGAACCUAAAUUUGCAAAAUUUCCCGGGGGCAUGCCCCCUGACCCCCCUAGAAGCUCGCGCCUUUGGCACUAAUAAUUACUCCCUAUUUUCCAUCACAUGGGGUUGGAAUCUCUGGUAGACAUAAAUGCACUAUUAUCUGAAAGCGAAAUUCCCUAGGCAGUUAAACUAUUUCCGACGUCUCUUUUUUUCCUAGUGGUUAAAGGUCUUCUCAGGCUGUCUAGUUGGUACCCAGAAAAGGAUAUAUUGUUUAGGAGGUCAAAUCAAAAUACGUAUUUCAAAUUUCAAAACAAAAUGAUUUGAGGUAAACAAACAACAUGGCGGCUGAGGGGCUGGCAAAGGGAAUUGACUAUCGUUGGUAAAUGAAAUGACUGUUUUCUCACGCUUUAUUUAUAUGCCUUGGUAUAAAUGCCUUGGGUCUCUACCUUCUGUUUAACUAUUUGGUAAUGUUCAUAUAGCCUUUGGCAAUUAAUUGUUAUUGAACUUUUUUUAUGUAUGCUGUCUUCAUUUUAGCAUAAUUCAACAGGAUCAGCAUCAUCAGACAAGACAGGAGGUCAGUAUUUACUUGGGUUAUCAAGGGUGAGAUGUACUUGUAACAAGCUUUCGUAAGUUAACCUGUAACCAACAAAUAAAUCAGAUUCCAGCAUCAAAGAAAAGCACCAGAUUUGGAGAGUAGAAAGUUGCUCAAAUAUAGAGAGGGAUAUGAUGAAUAUUUCUAGUAACUUAAGCUGGCCCACUUUAUGAUUUCAGAUAGUGGUUGCAGCAAAUUUGAUCUCCUACAAAAACGACCAAUAUCUGACAUGCUAUAGAGAUAGAGAUGUUCUCAAUCUUCCAUGUUAUUACUCCUAGGUUGUUUAAUUUCAAUUUUUAACUUUUUUUUGUUUUUGUUUUUUUUUGUGGGAGGGGGAUUAGCCCCUCAGGAGAUUGUAAAUGUAGGUUUACAUGCAGAUAGUUACUAACAUUUUCAGACAUGUCCACCUUUCAAUGUAAUGGUCAAUUGAAUUGCUCAUAUACAAGAGUUUCACUAUGCAAGAUUGGGUCACCUGUGGUUUACUUUACUUAGAUGGUACUACAAAGAGGAGGAAGUUGGAACUUGUCAGUCAGUAUUCUUUGUUUGGCAACAUAGAAUGUCUUAAAGCUGUUAGGUUAGCUGGAAAUUCAAGGGACUUACUGCUAUUGAGCUUUAAGGACGCCAAGGUAUUCUCUUCUUGAAGUUUAAGCAAUUAAAUAUUAAGUUUGUUUUAAAUAAAAAUCAUUACUGUUUUUUUUUUGGGGGGGGAGGUUUACACAAAUGAGAAGAAUAAGCCUUUUGAGUUGAUUAACAUAGAUCCUGUCACUUUUGAAUAAUGAACAAUUCAUAUUUAAAGAAGAAAUUUUCUACAAUUUAGAAUGUUAUUUACAUCGUGUAGUGUACCUUAAGUUUAUAUAAGGGUCAACAUUAAUUUUGAUAAAAUGUUCUUUUAAAUAAAUUAAUAACUAAUUGAUUUGUAAUCAGCCACUGAGAAUUUAAUUAAUUGGCAAGAGAAACCUUAAUAUGCAUGUAACAUUAAACUAAUAUUUCCAAAAGAUUCAAUUGUCACCCAUUAAAUCCUAAGAUAUUAACAAGACCUGUAUUAAAUUACAUUACUCAUGAAGCACUUUAAAUGAAAUGUAUCAGAUGAGAAAGAUUUUCCAUUUUAUGUCAUUGUUUGUUCCACUUUUACUUCUCUGCCAUUGAUUUUAGUAGACUGAGAAGAAAAAGAAAAAUUUAAGUCAAGGUGAACACAUUAGCCUUGAUAUCUAACAUGAUGUCCAAAUGUUUAAAUUUGGAUUCUUUGAAGUGUUCCUUGAUAAGUGUCAUUUUAUUAUGAGUGCAGCUUGCUGUGGUGGAUUAUGAUCCAGGCACUCAUGAUCAGAAGACAAAAAGUUUGCAUUUCUUUGAAGACAAGCAAAAAAGCAAGAUAGUAGAAUUUUUUGGUAAACCUCUACAAUGUUAG